AUGAGAGUUUAAUUAAAAAGCUUCAUAUUGUUGUUGAUGAUUGUUCUUCAACAACAUGUUACUGUAAUUAGGGCUGCCGAAUAAGGUGUAGAAGAAUUUGAAUUCUAGACUGAAGUUGGUCGUCUUAUGGAUAUUAUCAUUAACUCACUUUAUACCUAAAAAGAAAUUUUCUUAAGAGAAUUAAUUUCUAACUCUUCUGAUGCUUUGGAUAAACUCCGUUUCUUGUCUGUUAAGGACCCUAAGCUCACUGAAGAUUUCAAGAACCUUGAAAUCUACGUUGACUUCGAUGCUGAAAAGAAAACCAUUUCCAUUACCGAUACUGGUAUUGGUAUGACUAAGCAAGAUCUUAUCCAAAACUUGGGUACUAUCGCUAAGUCUGGUACCACUAACUUCAUCGAAGCCAUUAAAGGUGGUAAUGUCAACAUCAUUGGUCAAUUUGGUGUCGGUUUCUACAGUUCUUUCUUGGUUGCCUAAAAGGUUUAAGUUAGCUCUAAGCACCCUGAAGAUGAACAAUGGGUUUGGGAAAGUAGCGCUGCUAACUCAUUCCAUGUUUUUAAGGAGACUGAAUAACUCUUAUAAAGAGGUACUCGUGUUACCCUUUUCUUAAAGCAAGAUGCUUAAGAAUUCUUAGAUGAAAAGAAGUUAGGUGAACUUAUUAAGAGACACUCUGAAUUCAUUAACUUCCCUAUUAACUUGAGACACUUCAAGGAAGUAGAAAAAGAAGUUGUUGAUGAAGAAGCUGAAGCUAAGAGAGCUGAAGAAAAGGCUGCUAAGACUGAUGAAGAAAUCAACGAAGAAACCGAUGAAAAGCCUAUCAUGAAGAAAAUCAAGGAAAAGGUCCCUGAAUGGAAGGUUAUGAAUGACAACAAGGCUAUUUGGACUCGUCCUAAGGAAGAAAUUUCUGAUGAAGAUUACGUCUAAUUCUACAAGAGUUUCUCUAAGGAUUACGAAGAUCCCCUUAACUGGAUUCAUUUCAAGGGUGAAGGUGAAGUCGAAUUCACUUCUCUUCUUUAUUGUCCUAAGAAGGCUCCUCAUGAUUUAUUCGAAAACUACUAUGGUAAGUCUGCUGCCUUAAAGCUUUACGUCAGAAGAGUACUUAUCAAUGAAGAAUUCGAAGAACUCAUGCCCAGAUACUUAAAUUUCAUUAGAGGUGUUGUAGAUUCUGAUGAUCUUCCCCUUAAUGUCAACAGAGAAAGUAUCCAAUAAGUUAAAAUGCUUAAGGUUAUGAGCAGAAAGCUUGUUAGAAAAGCUCUUGAUAUGAUCAAAAAGAUGGCUGAUGAAGAAGGUGGUGAUGAUUCUGAAGAUGAAGAUGACUCUGAAGAAUCCCAUGAAGAAGAAGUCAAGCAAAAGGAACCUAAGGAAGGUGAAUAACACUCUGAAGAUGAUGAUGAUGAAAAGGGAGAAGAUAAAGAAAAGCUCACCCAAGAAAGAAGAGAUCGUUACAAAGCUUUCUGGAAGGAGUUCGGUAAAAAUAUCAAGCUUGGUAUAAUUGAAGAUUCCUCCAACAGAAACAAGUUAGCUAAGUUAACAAGAUGGUACUCUUCUCAUAACUCUACUGAAUUAACUUCAUUUGACUAAUACAUCAGCAGAGCUAAGGAAAACUAAGACAGCAUCUACUUCUUAGCUGGUGAAACUAAGGAAAUUAUCUUGAACCACCCUACCAUUCAAAAGUUACUCAAGAAAGGUUAUGAAGUCCUUUUACUUGAUGAUCCUAUUGAUGAAUUCACAUUCUAAAACUUGAAUGAAUAUGAAAAGAAGAAACUCGUUAAUGUUGGUAAGGGUAACUUCAAAUUCCCUGAAGACAACGAAACUGAAAGAAAGAGAAAUAAAGCUGUCAAGAAGGCUUUCGAACCUUUGACUUCAUGGUGGAAGAAAUUAUUAACCAACGAUUUAGACGAAGUCAGAAUCUCUCAAAGAUUACACGAUGAUCCUUGCGUCAUUGUUUCCAGCGAACAUGGUUACUCUGCCUAAAUGGAAAGAAUUUCUAAGGCUUAAGCUUAUGCUAACCAAGAUAGAUCUAACCCUGCUGCCAACCAAAAGAAGAUCCUUGAAAUUAAUCCUAACCAUCCAGCUAUUAAGGAACUCCUUGAAAGAGUUAAGGAAGAUCCUGAUUCAUAAACUGAAGAAAUCGCAAACGUCCUUUACGAAGGAGCUUUGGUUAACUCUGGUUACUCUCUCAAGGACCCUGCUGGUUUUGCCAAGAAAUUCUACAGACUUUUAAAUAACGCUCUUGGUAUUCCUAAGGACGCUCCUAUCGAAGAAUAUGAAGUCGAUAUUGAAGAUGAUGAAGAAGAAGCUAAAUCUGAUAGCCAAACUCAAUCUGAUGAAAAUGUAGACAUCGAUGAUAAUGGUAACGAUUAACAAGAAGUUAAAGACGAUUUGUGA